UUGUCGGUGAUUAGUGGCAGAAGUUUUUCCCCCCAAAAUGCGCACAUUUGUUUGCCUCGCAUUGGCGACCAUUCUCCUGGUCGCCGGCUCCUCGGCCGCGGUAUUUGAGCCCAGUGUGGCCGCCAAGCUCCUGGCUGUGGAUGCAGGUGUCCAGGCUCCUUCGGCCGCCCGACAGGUUCGUCAGUUUGGCGGUGGCUUCGGUGGAGGUCCAGGUGGAUUCGGCGGAGGUCCCGGAGGUGGAUUCGGUGGCGGUGGCUUCGGAGGAGGUCCAGGAGGCGGUGGCUUCGGAGGUUCCGGAGGCGGUUUCGGAGGAGGUCCUGGAGGCGGUUUCGGAGGCGGCGGCUUCGGAGGUCCUGGCGGUGGCUUUGGAGGACGUCCUGGUGGCGGCGGCUUCGGAGGUGGCGGCUUUGGAGGUCCUGGCGGCGGCUUCGGACGCUGAAAAGCAACCACAAAUCAUCUGUGACUGACUUAGCUUAGACCACUAGAAAUAGAAUGUGAAAUCAGAAUGCAAUUCAGCACGUUCUAAUUAAGCUCCAAA